GGUGGAUGACAGAAUAACUCAAUUACUGUACUGUCUUGGCAAACACGCGCGUGCGGCCAUCUUGGUGAGGUCAAACACGGCUCGACUGUUGAUGGAGCUGCUCGUGUCUUCUUGUUCUUUGGCUGCGGUGAAGUCUGUUCCUCUUGCAAACCUGCACUGCCCCCUAACGACAAGGGUGUGAAAUCGUCCCGCCAAGAUUUUUUUUUCCAAGUGUGCGCAUGCGCAAGCAUAGGGGCGGCGCCACCGCUUGAAGUCCUUUGACGUGAAACAAAUCGAAGCCGGGCAGUUUGGGGCGACUUUGCCGACUUGAGCUUCAUUUGUGACCUCCGCUAAGCGUCUGCUUGGCCACCUGCCGCUGCUGAUGCUUCCGUGUGCUCACGCUGACUUGCGUCCAUGUUGAAGGUGGCGGCAAAGGGCGGAUCAAAGCGGAUUAGCCAGGAAGCGGCCGGGGGGGCGGGUGGCGUCCCGAGACGCGCGCCGUCCAAUUGGAUCAGCAUCGGGCUGUCGCUUCGUCUUGUCUGUUUCCCGCUCGUCUUUCCGACCGCCCUCCAGACACUCUUUUGAUCCUGCUGGAGGGACAACAAUGCAUGCAGGAAGAAAGUGACUGGAAGGGGCGGAGCCAGCGGACGCCGCGCCAGCUUGCCGCCAUCAUGGCGCCCACGUACCUGGACCGCGUGGUCUCGGAGAUCAUUGAGACCGAGAGGAUGUACGUGAGAGACUUGCGGAUGAUCGUGGAGGACUACCUGGCGCACAUCAUCGACCAGGCGGACCUGAGCAUCCGCCCGGAGCAGGUCUGCUUCCUCUUCGGGAACAUCGAGGACAUUUACGAGUUCAACAGCGAGCUGCUUCAGGAUCUGGACCUGUGCCGGCGUGAUGCCGUGGAGGUGGCCAGGUGCUUCGUGCUCAAGAGCGCCUACUUUGACAUCUACACGCAGUACUGCACCAACUACCCAAACUCGGUGGCGGCCCUGACGGACUGCAUGCAGGACAAAAGUCUGGCCGUUUUCUUCCGCGAACGCCAGAGCGCUUUGCAGCGGCCGCUGCCUUUGGGGACCUACCUGCUCAAACCCGUCCAGAGGAUCCUCAAGUACCACCUGCUGCUGCAGGAAAUCGCCAAGCACUUUGACCCCGAGGAGGAAGGCUAUGAGGUGGUGGAGGAGGCCAUCGUCACCAUGACGGGGGUGGCCUGGUACAUCAACGACAUGAAGCGCAAACACGAGCACGCCGUCAGACUGCAGGAGGUGCAGUCGCUGCUGCUGAACUGGAAAGGUCCCGACCUGACCACGUACGGCGAGCUGGUCCUGGAGGGAACCUUCAAGGUCCGCCGGGCCAAAACUGAGCGGACGCUCUUCCUGCUGGAGCGCGUGCUGCUCAUCAGCAAGCGACGCGGCCAGCACUACGUCUACAAGUCGCACAUCUCGUGCUCGGCGUUGAUGCUGAUCGAGAGCACCAAAGACAGUUUGAGCUUCAGCGUGACGCACUACAAACAACCCAAGCAGCCGCACACCAUGCAGGCCAAGUCUGUGGAAGAGAAGAAGACGUGGGCCCAGCACAUCAAGCGCAUCAUUCUGGAAAACCACCACGAUAUCAUCCCGCAGAAGGCCAAAGACACGCUCUUGAGUUCCAGAUAUCCCCACAGGCAUCGCUACGGCCCCGACAGGCUCAAGAAAGUUCCAUCCCGUUCGGCAGACGACGUUCCGCGCCCGGAAGAUGUGAACGAGGACACGGAGCUCAAGUGCCAAGGACAAGUGGGCGUGGCCUCCAAGGAGACGGAGAGAAGCGGCGAUUCCAAGGACCAAGGUGGCCUCGGCGAAGAGGAGGAGGAGGAGGCAGGAGCCGUCGGAGCUUGCGAGCAGAUGUCCACCGAAGAAGCGGCGUUGGCUUCCCUCCUCGCCACCGAGCCGGGCGCCUCGGAGGAACCCCGACCCGCCCUCCGCCCCGCGGACCCGCCGUCCGGCGCUUCCGAGUCGCGCUCCAAACCCGGAAGCAGCGGCGAGUCCUCCGAAGAUGAGGACGGCGAGAAGGAAGCGGACGGAAACGGCAGCAUCCUUCCUCCGUCCGUGUUGGACAAAGCGGGUGCCAUCGCGCAGCACUUUGGCAGCGUGAAGCGAGGCGCCGUCGCCCCGGACGACGCCCGCUCCCCGGGGCUUUCGCCGCGUUUACUCGGUUUCGGCGACAGACACGCCGGGCCGUCCUCGCCGCUCCGCGGCGCCGACGCAGAGCGGGCGCUCUGGUCCCCCCGGGGCGACGCUCGCUUUGACGAGGAAACGGGCACCCUGCAAAGACGAGACUCCAUCCUCUCCGGCCGCGACCAACUUCUCAUCGGGAAGAUCAAGACUUACUACGAGACGGCCGAGAACCGGGACGCAUCCUUCGGCCUGCGGCGCAGGGAGAGUCUGACGUACAUCCCGGCGGGCCUGGUGAAAACCUCCAUCAGCCGCCUGAACAGCAUCCCCGACCGGGCGGAGUCCAGGCCCGCGACCGAGGAGUCCGGUUCGCCGCCGCUCGACUCCAAAGGAGGCUCGUCCCGUUCCGGAGCGCCGAGACAACAGAGUGCGGAGGACGAGGAGUUCCGACCGUCCGGCGAAAUGCUCAAAGUCUGGCGACUGAUGGAGCAGCGACUCGGCGAGACCUGCCGCCUUUCCGAUGUCGCGCGCGGCGCAAAACCUCGGGCGGAGCCCAACACCGUUUCGGAGGAGACCCGGCCGGCCUCGCCCGUCGGACAAACGCCCGGCGACGCGGUCCGCGCGGCCACUCCGGCCGUUCCCGCCCCCGUCCGCAGAGAUCGGCUUCGAACUGCAGAUGAGGACGCAAAUCUGCCCGACGAGCAAGCGGACUCCAGGGUCCGCCAUCUGGCUCGUCAGUACAGCCGCCGCAUCAAAAGCGGCAAAGCGCUCGGCGGACAGCGAAGUUGCGCAAACCCGACGGGCGAGAAGACUUUGGCCUGCGUGCUGGAGGAAAGCCCGCACGACGGUGCCGGUCCAACUCCGGAUCAGGUGCCGGCGCAGAGGCCCGACCCCGUCUUCCCUCCGGCUCGGAUCGGCUCUGACUGUCCCGUUGGCGUUCCUCGGUGCGCCCAAAGCUUCGACUGGCCCAACGUGCGAGCGCUGAGGUCCAAGUACGCGGAGCGCAGCGCGGCCGACGCCGCGGAGCAGAUGUUUGACGUCAGGUGGAGGCGGCGUUCCUUGAGCGAAGCCUCGCCGGGCCGGGCCUACGCCACCCCGACCCCCGGCCGCCCGAAAUCCCGCAAGGGGCUCCGCAGAGCUCAUACCCUGGACCCUCGGCUAAGCUUGGCCGCCAUGCGCGAAAGCCGAGAGCGCCGGCGGGCCGACGGCGGCGGUGACCGCGCGGCGGCGGCCCAGACGCCGCCAGAGACGCUCCCACGGCGGCGGCCCUCGCUCACGGGGGAGCCUUUGCGAGAACCGGAACCGGCCGAGACCUUGGACGUCGACCGCGACGCUUACGUCGAGAUCCGAUCGCCGACGAGCAGGGAGAAGAUCUCCAUCUUGGCCGUCAUCGACCGCUGCCGGGCUUACCAGGAGUCGGACGAAUACAAGCAGAGAAGCCAAAGCGCCGAGUCUCGAGACGGCUCCCGGUCCGUCUCGUCCUCCGGAGACCGCGUCCGCGGCGCCGGCGACCGCUCGGAAAGCUCCACCUCCGAACAGCGCAACUCGGUGAAAAAUCUCCGAGAGAAGUUCCAGAAGCUCAACUCCUGAAGCCACUCCGGCGGGAAACGAGAAUUCAGACGCUGAAUCUUUUGGCUGACGAGUGCACAAUUAACCCCGACCGGCAACGCCACGAGGCUCAACGAGGAGGCGCGGCUCGAGCAUAGUCUCCUUCUAAAUGAGCAGCGAGCGCGAGCGUGCCUCUACACGAACAAUUUGGCGCACGCGUGAGAUCCAUCUGUCAAUCUGUUGGAUAAAUUCAUCCGUGGCUCGAAUUGCGUCACGGUGAAGUCACGUGGCCCAAUGACGGGCCACUUGAACGUCGUUGGCCAACGGUGCCCCGUUACCGGGGCAACGGCAAACAACCACUUCAAGGCUAUCUCCCCAUUUCUCAAGCCCUUUUAAACGUCCAUCGCCGCACACAAAGUGCUGUACGUAGCGCUGUGACUUUUAUUUUCUCGUGCAAAGGAGUAUUUUUAUA